AUGCCGUCUAUUUUCCAUGUCUUGUAUCGUUAUUCAUUUAUUGUCUUCGAUAGAGAAUAUUCAUGGUGCCCAGAACAUCGAUCUUUAAUAGCUGCUUCUAUAUUUGCUGCAUUUACAAUUAUUGUAAUGACUGUUGGAAUAUUCAUAGUUUGUUUCACAUCACCAAAAGACAAAAAUAAAACAUGCAAGUUACCUUUCCAACCGACAAUUAUAUAUCCAAUUGGUUACGAUUCACUUCCGUCACACGCUGCUAUUGGCGAUUUUAAUAAAGACAAUCAUCAAGAUCUUGUAGUUGCCUUUUACGGUACUAAUAGUAUUGGUAUCUUUUUCGGAUAUGGAAAUGGAACUUUUACUGAUCAAGUUACAUAUUCCACUGGCUUUAUAUCUCUUCCAUGCUGGGUUGCUGUUACCGACUUCAAUAAUGAUACUAUAUUAGACAUUGCUGUUGCCAAUUAUGGUACUCAUAGUAUAGGUGUAUUUCUCGGCUUGAGUAAUGGAAACUUUACUAAUCAAAUAACGUUUUCACUUGGUUCUUCUCGUCCGUUAUCAUUGGUCAUUGGAGAUUUUAAUAACGAUCAUCAAUCAGAUAUCGCUGUAGCUAAUGCUGGUACUUCAGAUAUAGCGAUUUUAUUAGGCUUGAACAAUGGAUCUUUUUAUAUUGAAACAAUCAUUGAUAUGGGAUUUGAUUCUGUUCCUUGUUCACUUGUUGCUGUUGAUUUCAAUAAUGAUAAUCAAAUCGAUCUUGCUGUUGUUGAUAAUAGUAUUAAUACUUUAAAUAUACUUUUAGGAAAUGGAUUGGGAACAUUUAAAAAUCAUAAAUAUUCGACGGGAAGUGAUUCUCAUCCAUCUUCACUCGUUGUUGGUGAUUUUAACAACGACAAUAUCUUGGAUGUUAUUGUUGCAAAUAGUGGCACAAUGAAUAUAGGUGUAUUUCUAGGAUAUAGAAAUGGAAGUUUUACAAAUAUGAUUACAUAUCCGACUGGCCUUGAUUCUAGUCCACAAUUUAUUGUUACUAGUGAUUUUGAUAAUGACAAAAAUUUAGAUUUGGUCGUUGCCAAUACAGAAUACAACAAUGUAUUUUUGCUUAAAGGAUAUGGAAACGGAAGUUUUUCUAUUGCAGCAACGCAUGCAACGGGGCCUUUUUCUACUCCGAAGUCGAUUGUUACUGGUGAUUUCGACAAUAGCAAUCGUUCUGAUGUUGCCAUCAUAAAUUCUGUUACUAAUAAUAUUCUUAUUUUGAGUUCAUUUGCUGUUCAUCCUAUUACAAGUCGACUGAACUAUUCAACAGGUGCUUAUUCUCAACCAGAUUCUAUUGCUGUUGGUGAUUUCAAUCACGAUAAUCAACUGGAUAUUGUUGUAGCCAAUAGUAAUAGUAGUAGUAUCGGUGUAUUUCUUGGUCUUGGUAAUGGAACUUUUGAAAGUCAAAGAAUAUAUGUUAUUGAAAAUAAUGCUCGACCACAAUCGGUUGCUCUUGGUGAUUUUAAUAAUGAUAAUAAUCUUGAUAUUGUUGUUGGCAUAUCUGGAAUAAAUUCAAUUCGUAUUUAUUUAGGCAAUGGCAAUGGAACUUUUAAAUAUACAAAUAUGUAUCAAGUGGAAGGUUUUUAUCCAUUCUUGGUUGCUGUUGGUGAGUUCAACCAAGAUAAUAAUCUCGAUAUAGUCACCGCUGCUUAUGGUAUUAAUAGCGCAGGUGUCUUUCUUGGAUAUGGUAAUGGGACUUUUACAAUUCUCAAAACAUAUGCACCUGAAAGUGAUAUAUAUUCAAACUCGGUUGCUGUAGGUGAUUUUAAUAACGAUAGUUUAUUAGAUUUUGUUAUUGCACAUUAUCGACGUGCUACAAUUAGUAUACAUCUUGGAUAUGGUAAUGGAUCUUUUUAUAUUUCAAUGAUCAUUUCAACUGGUGUUAAUUAUCCAAGUAAUAUUGCUAUUGGAGAUUUGAACAAUGACGAACAACUUGAUCUCAUUUUUGCUGAUCCUUAUUCUUCAAGUAUAGAUACGAUGUUUGGUUAUGGAAACGGAACAUUUGGAAGUAUACAUAUGUACUUGACUGGUGUUGGAUCUUAUCCAUGGUCUAUUGGUCUUGGUCACUUAAAUAAUGACACUUUCUUAGAUAUUGUAGUUGUCAAUCAGUGGUAUUUCAGUAUUAGUAUUAUUUUAGGAAAUCGUAAUGGAACAUUUGGAGCACAAAAUAUGUUUUCGACUGGAUUUGCUUCUCUUCCAUCUUCGAUUGCCUUUGGUGAUUUUAAUAAUGAUAACCAAUUAGAUAUUGUAGUUACCAACAUUGGCACUAAUGAUUUUCAUGUGUUUCUUGUAUAUUACAAUGCAGAUUUUACAAGAAAGACUUCACUAUUAACUGGCUCUCGUCCACAUCCAUACUCAAUUGCGGUCGGUAACUUCAAUAACAAUAGUGGGACGGAUAUUGCUGUUGCCAAUGCAGGAACUGAUAAUGUACAAAUACUUCUUGAUUACGAAAAAGAAACUUUUAUGAACAAAUUUAUCUAUUCAACUGGUUUUGGUUCACGUCCACAAUAUAUAAUUACUGCUGAUAUUAAUAAAGACAGUCAACUUGAUAUUGUUGUGGCUAAUUAUUGGAUGAGUAAUAUAAAUGUUUUUUUUUGGCUUUGGCAAUGGAACAUUUGA